AUGGGUGCCAGAAAACUGACGGAUACGUUCCUUUUUAUGCGGAACAAUGCUAUCCAGAAUAGGCAUUUUUCAGGCAAUUCGCAAUUACGUUCAUCAGACAAGGAAAAAUUACUAGGUGAUUCCACGAAUAUUGAACUUGGAGCUACCAAGCUCAAUAGUGGAUUGCACGAGUGGCAAAAUAUGGUUAAAUCAAUCAACUUCCAGUUUACUGUAAUUCGGCAGAAAAUAAAGGAACUUGUGACCUUACACGAUCGCCAUAUAAUGGCUGCAAAAUUGGAUGAUAACCUCGAUGAGGAUCAAGAAGUUGAGCUUCAAACGAAGGAAUUGACACAGCUCUUUACAUUGUGUCAUCGCCAAUUGUCGCAACUAACAGCAUUGAAGCGGAAAAUUCAGAUGAGUAGCAGAGCACAGCCUGAUAAUUUAAUGACUAACACACUUUCAUCCCUUGCUCGGACGCUGCAAGAGCUCUCCCUAACUUUCAGAAAAGUUCAAUCACAGUACCUAAACGAAUUAAAAGCAAGGGAUGAACGAAUUCGUGGGUACCUGAAUAUGGCUCUGGGCUCCGAACUUACCGCUGACGACGUGGCUGGUUUGGCUGAGUUUGAUCUUCUUGAACCUGCCACUGGUGAUCAGACCCAAUUGCUUCUGGCGGAAAACACGAAGGCUGUUGAGCGGCGGGAGCAGGAAAUAACACAGAUCGUCCGAUCUCUCCAUGAAUUAAACGAAAUCUUUCGUGAUGUUGCCCAGCUUGUUGUAGAUCAGGGAACUCUUGUCGAUCGCAUUGAUUACAAUGUGGAACAGACACAGGUUCGGGUGCAGGAGAGCCUGAAACAGCUAACAAAGGCGGAUUCGCACCAGAAGCGAGAUAAGAAACUCCUCGUCAUCUUCGUUUUGGCUUGCCUUGUUAUGGUCCUCGGUACUAUUCUAGUGUUUACCAAAUUCACCUGA